CAAUAUGCUUGCUGCGUAAAUACACUCUUGCCUGGGGUCUUAGAUCUAUAAAAUUGCCGGGGGUGGUACUAUCCAAUAGUCUUCGGUAUUUGUUUUAUAACACACGGCUAAAUUACACACAUAGGAACUACGAAGAGUAUUUCCGGGUUGGCUUGAGAAUCUGCUAUGUUCUGGUACAUGGCAACAAUGUGCGAUGACCUGAGCUGUGCAGGAUGUUACCUAUGCGGCUUUUACAAUAAUUCUAGUCACUCAAUCUAUACCUUCGCACACGGACUGUAUCUUUUGCUAUAUAAAUAAUACCUAUGAACAAUGGUUUUCAUCACAUUACAUCUUGCAAACCAUCUCCCGAUUUCUCCAGCGUUAAUCCAAAAUCAUGCAAUUUACAUCUGCUAUUGUUCUGAUCUGCGCCGCCGCUACGGUGCAAGCUCAUGGAUUCCUACGUAGCCCAACAGCCCGCGGUGGCAAUUCCGCUGGCCCCUCUUCAGCAAUCUGUGGCAAAGGAGGCACCGGAGCUGGUAAUAUUCGAGCAACAUACGUUCAAGGUCAGACCAUUGAAGUAGAGUGGGAGACAACUAUCGCCCACAACAACGGCUUUGUCGAGAUGCGCGUUUGUGACAAACAGCAGGUUUCCAAUGGAUGCCUGAAUGAGAACCUGCUCAGACGCGCCGACAAUGGCCAAACUCGUGUCAACAAUGUCAACGGUAAGCAACGGUUCAGCGUUGAGUAUCGCCUUCCAGCAGACCUGACCUGCCCAAAUGGUUGUGUGAUGCAGUGGUUCUGGGAUACCCCAAACAACGGCGAGUACCAUGGCUGUACCGAUAUCAGAAUUAAUCCCAUGAACGUUGGUGUUCCCGACAAUGGUAACAACGGAAAUAAUAACCAGGACAUAGUCGAAGACGAAAAUGAUGAGGAUGAAGAGGAUGAAGAGGAGGAUGGGCAGCCUCAGAAAUCCGGCAAUAAUCCCCUGGAGAUGGUCUGUUCCGAGCGCGUAUCCGAGAAUUCCUGUCGUGAACGCAAUCGUCAGUUGGUUGGCAACCGUGCGUGUUGCAGAUUUUCAAAUAAGUGCCCCGGCUACGCUUCCUCCAAGUGCCUAGCCAACAGUUGCUGUGAGUAGAAAACCAAAACAAUUCAGGCGAUUGUGCUAGCUUGCAACUAAGCACAGCUUUUCCCUUUCGAUUGGAUCACGCACGAUAGUACAACCAGGCGUCGGAAGAUAAUAAAUGGUUUAGACAAGCUAAAACGUACGAGAAUAAAGCGACCAGCUCAACGUCGAAUUGCUAGCAUACUUACGAGAACACUAUAAUGGCC